AUGAACUCUAUUACUUAUAACGCCUUCUAUGCAGCUCUCAUGCUAUACCGCAUAAUUAUCCCAAUCCUCCUGUUCAUCUCUAUGAUGUUUCUUGAGACCUCUUCUUUGCCAUCUUUCUUUGGCGUAACCAGGUAUGUACGAAGCCGCCCAUUUAUGAAGAGAGUGGCCCCAACCCCGUCUCCUAAGGAAAGUUCGGAAGGCGCAAGCUUUGCCAGAGCUUUUUGUGUAGCCGCACGUUGGGUAAGUCUUGGUCUGUUUCCGGCUCUUGAUGACUCCUUGGUGUCUAAGGAUGAGAAGAUAACGAAAGAGUCCUCAAGUGCCUUGCUGAGUGAGGGCCAAGAAAGCAUCGUGGAGCUUCCGUCCAUUAAGUAUUCCUCUUUGGUGGAGGAAGACGUCCUACAAGCAGUGGAAUUUUGUGUGCCCUCUGAAACCGGUCUUCGGGGAUAUAUCCCACACCUCCUCUCAAUCCAGAGAAUGGAGAGUGUAAUUUUUACAAGGGUAUUCCCAGUAAAGUGCACGGUUGGAACUGACGGUGAAGCCGACACAGUCCUUUGCAGUUCUGUGUCUACAGAUAUUACAGAAAUUUGCAGAAAGCUCAGUACAACUUUGUUGUUCAAUCUUUCGCGUGAUGGAAAAUUCUCAGAGGAUCAAAGGAAGCUGAGAUCCUACACAAGAAUGCUUGACGCAAUGUCUGACGAGGAGACCAGUCUUUCCACUUGCAAUGAUCUCCAGAAUACUUCGGUCGCAGUUUCUCAGGAUCAUUGUGAAAGUGUUGUUUCUGUCAAAGACCUGUCAGAUGCUGAACCUCACAUUUCUGUAAACCACUGCCAGUACAAUGAAAUAUGUAACAGCAAGCCAGUGACAUAUACAGACGCCGUGCCAGAAUACAACCUGGCCUCUCAACCAGCCGGAGAAUAUUUCUCCUUUGAACAAUAUGCCAUUCAGGCCUCAUUUUGGGCUGGUUAUGAGUGCCCAACGGUGGUCGAUACUUGCCCAAUGGUGCCGGCAUUGGACUUUUGGACGCCUCCAGCCUUCAAGGAAACGUUUGUCCAGCCUACCUUGGAAGAGUUUGGUGGUUCCUGUGGAGAAUAUUCAACCAAUGAAUAUCUCAUGUCCAUGGAGAUUGAAGAGGACCUAGGUUGGUGCGAACCUAUGGAACUCGACAAUCCCAUGGACAUUAUUGAUGAUGCGGUGAUGUCCAAUGUUCCUUUUGGCAGAAAACAUUUGGCCAUCACCUUGGAGCCCGUGUUGGUAGACAGCUUCCAAGACGUCAUCCAGACAGUAAGAAUGGGAUCCAAUAUGAACGUUCCCCUAACCCGCAUGUCUUGGCGGGUUGCAGAAGAUCAUGUGCAGUUCGCUGCAGAAAAGGUUGUGUCGCGCCAGCCAUCCCAAGCCAAGAAUUCUGGUUUGGGAGUUUCUGAAUCCGUCGUGGUCAAGAUCCCAGAGGCUGGAUUUAAGGCUCCUUUUCCAGUUGCUGGUUUGAACGGCAAGAAGCCUGAGGCUGUCUCUCUACCCAGCACCAGAGGGAUGGCUGAUUCUACAGCUAGACCGGAGCCAACUCCAGAUAUUAAGUCCAAGCCAUCAAAAGGACUUAAUAGCAACAGAGUAAAUCUCAAGGACCCGGAAGAUUUACUCAAGUAUGCCCUGAUGUUCAAGAGUGCACUUAGCGGCCUUACAAAGGCAUACUGGGAAACACUUUUUGAUUAUAUGCCUUUUGUUUAUAGCUGUAAUUGA